AUGACCGCAGUCCAAACCAGCCUGAACGUCACACCGACGUUCCUCGACCCCCGCACAGACUUCAUCGAACAGAUCUUCGCACAGCUGGAAGAGGAUAACGAGCGACGCGCGCAACAGAGCCUCGAGCCCGCCGACCUGCCGCAGGAGGUGUACGGCCGCGUCGCCUCCCCCGCACCGCCAGCUGCACCUACCAUG